CACGGAUGCUUUAUUUUGAAGAUUCUGGAGACUAUGUGUUCAAAGAAGAAGGGGAAUCUGGGGGUGGAACAUACUUUAUUUGGGAGGGCGUGGUGGAAGUCUCCAGUCAAUUUCCUGAAAGUAACCAUGAUUCUCAAGUUUUCGAGUGGAAAAAGUUUGAUUACUUCACCCAAAGUGAAUGUGGUGGUCAAGAUGUGAUUGCUUUGACUAAGCUGACCUGCUUAAUGCUACCCUACAAAUAUAGUGACUUGAUGAAUCCAAAAUCAAUUUGGAGUGCAGAUAUGAGCCUUGAGACAUGGGCACCUGUGGAACACAUAUUGUCCUUGGAUCCACUGGAUGUGAACGCAUUCAGAGGAGUCACCUUAAAAGGAGCUCCAAAAUCUGCUAAAGUGUAUGGAGGCCAAUUUAUGGGACAGGCAUUGGCUGCAGCAUCAAAAACAGUUCAUUUUCUUAAGAUUUUACAUAGCUUUCAUGCUCACUUCCUUCUUCCAGGGGAUGUAAAUGUUCCAAUUAUAUAUGAAGUUGAUCGGGUACAUGAUGUGCGUAAUCUUGCUACAAGGAGGGUGAAUGCAGUACAGAAAGAGCGAAUUGUCUUCUUUUUGAUUGCUUCCUUUCAUAGGGGAGAAGAAGGUUUUGAUCACCAAGAACCAAUAAUGCCUUCUGUGCCUGACCCUGAAGAGCUUUUGCCAAAGAAUGGAUUAGAAGAGGGUGUUAAGCUUUCACGUCAUCAACUCGGGAGCCAAGUUUCCACUCCAACUUUUGUCCCAUGGCCUACAGAAAUCAGACCUUUGGAUCCUAACAUUUAUACCCGCCACACUACACGCCCUGCAAGUGUGAGUUACUGGUUGAGAGCAAAAGGUAGACUUCCUGAUGACCAGGCUUUGCAUAGGUGUGUAGGGGCAUACUACUCGGAUCUGCUAUUCAUUCAAAUCAGUCUAAAUCCACACCGCAGAGAGGGCAUGCUUCCAUCUUCUAUUAGUCUCGACCAUUCGAUGUGGUUUCAUAGGGAUUUUAGAGCUGAUGAGUGGUUACUAUAUGUGAUUGAUAGUCCUACUGCUUACAAUGCAAGAGGCUUUUCACGUGGUCAAAUGUUCAAUAGAAAGGGAGAGCUUGUAUUGUCCGCAAUGCAGGUGGGAGUUGUUAGGAAAAUAAUAAACACACAAAGCUCUAUUUUUGCUACUACUGCAUCCAAGCUAUAAUUAAUUUAAUUCCUCUAAACAAGCUGUUGUAUCAAUCAUGAUUAUUUUUUCUCUAUUGGAAUGCAUGAUACAAAUCACAAUUCACAAAGUCCAGGUUCAUCUACAAUGUUACGUGCAUUGUCGAGGGAUCAAUGUUGUAAAUAAGCAUACAUCAAUAAAUAUGUUGAAGCUGAAAAUAUUGUUUAAAUAUACUAUCAUUUGUCACAACUUCCAAUAA